AUUCAAAACCCACCCACCCACAUUUCUCCGCAAUCCUAUCAACAUCUCUCCAAAACUCAAAAACCCAAAAUCCCAAAAGACCCUUGUCCAAUCUCCACCCUCGAAAAUACAAUGGUCGACAGUUCAUGGCUCCUCCUACCCCUCCUCCUCCUCCUCCUCCAAACCCUCUCAUCCCAAGCUGCCUUAGUAGCUGGUGGUGGUGGCGGCAGCGGCAUCUGGAUAGGUGCUGGAGCAGGAACAACCCCCCAAAAUGCACCUACCCCAGCAAGCCCCAACUUCUCCAGAGAAAUCACAGCCCUCCAAGCCUGGAAAUCAGCAAUCACAGAUGACCCAUUUGGCUACAUGGCCACUUGGGUGGGCCCAGAUGUAUGUUCUUACAGAGGAAUCUUCUGUGCACAGCCACCAGGCAUGUUUCCGGAAUCCCUUGUAGUGGCAGCCAUUGAUCUCAACCGCGCAUCCUUGCAAGGUACUCUGGUGAAAGAGCUCUCUCUCCUCACAGACCUCUCAAUCCUCCAUCUUAACAGCAACAGAUUCUCAGGAACAGUCCCAAACACAUUCAAAGACCUCAUAAACCUCUCAGAGCUGGACCUCAGCAACAACCAGCUCUCAGGGCCAUUCCCAUCAGUCACACUCCUCAUCCCACGCCUCAUCUACUUGGACCUCAGGUACAACCAUUUCAGUGGGCCCAUCUCACCUGAACUCUUCACCAAGGGCCUGGAUGCAAUCUUCCUCAACAACAACUUAUUUGAUGGGCAGAUACCUGACAAUCUGGGCAAUUCCCUUGCAUCUGUCAUUACACUCGCUAAUAACAAAUUCACAGGGGAACUCCCACCUAGUUUGGGCUACAUGGGUCCAUCUCUGAAAGAGAUUCUGCUCUUGAAUAACCAGCUCACUGGCUGCAUUCCUGAGGGGGUUGGGUUCUUGACAGAGAUGCAGGUGUUAGACGUUAGCUACAAUUCACUGACAGGGCAUUUGCCAGAUUCGAUAUCUUGUUUAGAUGAGAUUGAAGUUCUGAAUCUGGCUCAUAAUCAGCUAUCUGGGUUUGUUCCAGACAUUGUUUGUACUCUCAAGAGCCUUGUAAAUCUCACCGUCUCUUUCAAUUUCUUCUCUGGGUUUAGCCAGGAAUGCAGCAGGCUCUUCUUUCACGCUGGGUUCGAUUUCUCCGGCAACUGCAUUCCCGGCAAGAACAUGCAGCGGCCCCCUCCGGAGUGCAUUGGGGUGCCCGGCAGCUUAAAUUGUAUGAGAACACCUUCAGCAAGACCUCCGAUGUGUGGCCCAAUGGAUCAGAAGGGAGGUUUUGUUGAUGGAUCUUAUGUGUUGGGUCCCAUGAUUUCUUCUCCUUGAGGUGUAGAAGCGGGUGGUGGGCCAUUCAAUGAUCAGUGGCUAUUAAUCAGAGGUGUCUGGAUAUGUUUCUUUUGAUAUAUGUAUGAAUCUAUUGCUUUUCUCUGAUUUGAUAACUUUCAAAGGCAUGGACUGAGUAGUUAUCAAGUUAACUUAAAAACAUGAAAAAGGUCCUAAAAGAUGAAAUUAUUUAUUCA